AUGAUAGAAACACUCUUGGGGCCACCUUUGGUGGAAAUUCGAAGGGCCGAAGAGGAAGAGGAAAGACUAACGGACGAGGUUCAGAAGUUGCAAAAUGCUGGUGCAAACAUGCCACCGGAUCUUAGAGCUACUGCAUUUCCUUCAAACAGAAGUGGAAGGUUGAGGAGUGGAAUGCUUCAUAAAAGUCCCGUCAAAAGUGGAAAUUUUUCGAUGCCACUUUCUAAGAAGUUUGAUGAUGGUGGGAUUGGGAAUGGUGGUGGAAUUACUAUUGAUCACUUGCAUAAGUUGAAUCCAAACAAUGUGUCUGCUUGGAAUAUGAAGAGGUUAAUGAAUAUGGUUCGUCACGGAGUACUUAGUACAUUGGAUGAACAUAUCCUUGAUUCCACUCCGGACGAUGAGCAUGCUACACAAAUCAGAAGUGAAAAUGAGGCUAAAGCAGCUGCCAAGAAAAUCUUUCAAAAUGUUACUUGCAGGUUUAUAUACCCCGAGGAAUUGAUUCGUUUUAUGCGAGAAGAUGAAACAGUUAAAACCUUAAAUCUCUUUGAAGGGGCAUCUGAUUCUGGAAAAAUCAGCAAAUCCACCUUGAAGAACUGGGUGGUGAAUGCGUUCAGGUAG